AUGUUUACUUUUGAAGGUCUGCAUAAAAAGCCUAUCUCGGGUCCUGAAUUUAAGCCGAGCGAACCGAAAUUUCUGGUCGCUUUAAUGAAUCGUACCGCGGUACAAUCUGCAAAUUCUACUGGUUCUAAAAGGUCAGAACGAUUCGAUUUUCGUAUUGACCAAACGAUUCAUAUCGUACCGAUUUUUUCAUUUAUGCUAAUAUCAUAA